GGAGUGAGAGGAGCGAGAGGCAGAGCCGAGGUGACAGCGGAGCAUGGAGACGAGUCCGUCCGCCCGGCGAGCUCUGACCGCGGCGAGCGAGGAGACCCCAGCCGCUCGUGUCCCCCUGGAGCCCGCGUGCUGAAAGAAGCCGGGAGGAAAUAACUGGGGGGAAAAGGAAUGGCUGAUCCUCUGCGGAGGACUUUACUAGCGAAACUCCGGGGGAAGAAAUCCAAGAAAGGAGCGACGGUCGGCGGUGGAUUCGGCUCUGCUGCUCCGGCGAAUGGGGGCCACGAAGGUAAAGAAAAAGUUUUGCAGCGGGACUCCGAGCUCGGUCGCGGGGUAGUUUUGCUGGCAGGGCUCGAUUGCACCACCGAGAGAAUGAGCACGUACGAGAAUUGUGUGGAUGGGGCGAUGGUGCAGACCGGGGGGGUGAUGAUAGUCCCGGAGCUGACCGGCUCCAGUCCCCAGGAGCCCGGCAGCGGGGGCAGGGUUCGGGUUAAUGAGCAGCUCCUGGGGGUCCCACUUCAAAGAGACGGGCAGCUGGGUGGGAGUUCCUUCGGGGAGGGCGAUAGAAACCCCCAGGGUCCCGUAUCCACUGACACACUCACAGCCAGGGUCUCUCUCCGGGGGCCACAUGUCCACACCAGACUCCUGCUGUCGGUUCCGAGGCAGUGUCGCGUCGGAGACUCCAUCGGGUUCGGGGACAAUUCAAACCACGUUUUGUACCGAGCUCAGACACAGACUCAUGUGGGGGGCGGCAAGCCUCCGGAGGGCCAGGGUCCUGCCGGCGAGGGUCCGGAGCUCAGAGCCAGAGGGGACCCGGGGCACAUGGCAGGGACUGUAGCGGCUGAGCAGGAAAACAACGCCAACUGGAGCUUUGACAGCGGUCCCACCUCGCCAAACAGCGCACAACUCCUAAACCGCAUGUCAACAAACACGGAGGAAAACGUCCUAAUCAGAAGUAUCGAGAGCUACGAGCCAGACUUCGUGGGAGAGGUGAGGGGGACUCAAGGUGCUCCGCAGAGCCCCACUUUCUUCCCCACAGAGUUGGAAAUAUGCGACAAUAACAUGACAUCCCUGUGUGCCACACACAAGUCUCGCAGGCAUCCUUUAGACAGCGAGGAAGACGAUUAUUAUGAUAACGAGAUAUUGCCUUUUUAUGAAACGAUCAGACCCAAAACGGACGGUGACAGAGCAGAGUUUACAGAGCUCACCCACCGCAGUCCCGAUAAAGGACAGGCAGAAGACAGUCACAGUGCCCAGGAAACAGACAGGCUUAGGAAUCAGCUGAAAGAGGCUUAUUAUCUUCUUAUCAAUGCUAUGAAUGAUAUCAACCUGGAUGUGCAGCAGAUUAGUGGUGGUUUAACUGAGCAGCAGGCCACUUCUUCCUGUAGUAGUCACUCCCGGGACAGUCUGUGCUCCAGGUUGUCCGUCAAAAACAUGGACAGUGAUUCAUGGUCCUCUGGGGGGGACAACAGCCCCCAGCAGGUGUCUGACACUGACUCGCUCCUGCUCUGUCUCACCGGCAGCCUGGAGUCAGGGUUCAAAGGAAAGCUGAACAGUAAGAGCAUGAUGGACUUGUGUGUGAUCAAAACAAAACCCACGUUAUUGCGAUCUGCCAGUGACGGAGCGAUUAGAUAUCCAAGCCAACUCUCAUCCUGCGUUCAUCCCGCUGGACCUCACAGUGUAGAAAUCUGUUUUAACGGUGCAGCGGUGACAAAACAGUCGGAAGGAGCUGAAGGCGCAGGAGCGAGUGAGCAGUCUGACCUGCAGGUGCUUUUUAGUGCCAUCAGCAGUGAAGAGCUGCUGCAAGAUGCCGGCGGUGAAGAAGACCAAGGCGAGCAGUUUAAUGAGAGCAGUGGCUCUGUCAACAGCCUCACUGGUUCUUCAGACAGCAACACUGAGGCGGCGGCGCAGCAGGGCCAGGACGUCAAGCAGGAGUCGACUGAAGUCCGAGCGCAGGUGACCAACUCGCUCAACAAAGGUCACGGUGUAACUGUCAACAAAAUGCAGGAGUGGAUGCACAAGGGCCGCUUGCUGUCUUCAGAGAUGAAGCAGCGCAUUGAAGGCUCGUCUUUGCCUCGUGGUGGAGGCCAGAACCAGGACCGACCCUGUCCCCUGUCAAAUCCUGGUGGCAGUAAGCCAGGUGUCUCGUCAUCCAGCCGAGGGAUUAAAUCUAUCAAGACCAAGUCACCCACAGUCAAGUCCCCGUCGCUCCAGCAGCAGCCAGCUUUUAUUGAGACUGUCCAGACCUCCUGUACUAACAGCCGAGAGGCGGGCAGAGCCACCGAGCCUUUGUCAUGGAGGCCACAGCUCACCACCAUCACUGUGUCCAAGAAGCGCAACUGGCUGCAGCAGAGCUCGCUGGUCAAGAAUCAGUGCACCAAGGACGAGCUGCAGGGCAUGCUGGGAGCUGAGGAAGAGGGCCAGGGCUCCCAUCAGCUUCCUCCUCCUCCCAGUCCCUCCCCAGACCACCUAAGGCCUUUGGGGGGAGCCACGCCACGGCCGGUCCGUCUGCAGCUGCUUCAGGUCAGCACUGGUGAGGCCAAAGUGUGUCCUCAUCGUCGAAACAUGGACCCAGCCGAGGAGAACGAUGCAGACGACGAAGGGGAGAUCUGGUACAACCCGAUCCCCGAAGACGACGAGCUGGACGUGUCCCACCGGCCCUCAGUUCGACUGACGGUACCUGCGAGAGGUGAGCCGCAAAGGAGGCCCAGUCGAGGAGCGGACCAGGCGGCCAGGACCCCGGAAGCACCCUCCGGUGGCAGGCUGGAGGCGCAGGUGGAAGUCGGCGGCGGCGGCGGCAGCGGUUUGGGAGAUGUGAAUCAGGGGAAUGCUGUACAUUCCACAGAGCUGCUACAUCUGCACAGACAGAUGCUCGCGUGCAAACCUCAGGAGGACGGGGGCCCUUCCACCAACAGACCAACCGAUACUCUUGAGCUGCCCAAUGCUGUCAGCUUCUCGCCUCCUUCCAGCCCGAAUCCAGCAAAGAAGAGCAGCUCCAUUAACUGGUCCUUCCCGGACAAGAUCAAGUCCCCACGCACAGUCAGGAAGAUCUCCAUGAAGAUGAAGAAGCUCCCGGAGCUCAGCAGGAAGCUCAGUGUUAAAGGCACACAAAGUACCAGUCAUAACAGCAAUGGCAGUGGAAGCAGAGACACAGAGCCAAGAGCCAACUCUCCCAGAGUCAACGGCAGUGGACCAGACACCGUCUCCCAAACUUCAGGCCCUCCUCGAUUAGCCUCGUCUGGGAGCGGGCAGGCGAGCCGCAACGUAAUCUCACGCUAUCACCUGGACAGCAGUGUAUCCACACAGCACAGCUUCAGUAAGAAGAAAAGCAACGGCAGCUCGAAGUCGGCCAGUAAAGGUGGCUACCUCAGUGACGGUGACUCUCCAGAGCUGGUGGCCAAAUCAGGGAAACACAGCUCUGCAGAGGGGAAGGGGGGCAAAGGCAAAGAGACGGAAGGAGGAGGCGGUAGCUCAAGGCUCAAUGGCACGGAGCUGGACAUCGAUGCUUUCCGUCAUUACAGCUUCACAGAGCAGCCCAAGUGCAGCCAGUACAUCUCUGGACUGAUGAGUCUGCAUUUUUAUGGCGCGGAAGACCUCAAACCUCCGCGCAUCGACUCCCGAGAUGUCUACUGCGCCAUCCAGGUGGACUCGGUUAACAAAGCACGGACUGCUCUCCUCACCUGUCGAACGGCAUUUCUGGACAUGGACCACACCUUCAACAUCGAGCUGGAGAACGCACAGCACCUGAAGCUGGUGGUGUUCAGCUGGGAACCCACACCGAGGCGCAACCGCGUCUGCUGCCACGGCACGGUGGUGCUGCCGGCCCUCUUCAGGGUGACCCGGUCCCACCAGCUGGCCGUGAAGCUGGAGCCGCGCGGGUUGAUCUACGUCAAGCUCAGUCUGAUGGAGCAGUGGCAGAACUCGCUGGAUGGCGGGCCGGAUGGAAGCCGGGAGCCACAGGUGUUCGGCGUGGAGGCGUGGCGAGUGGUGGAGAGGGAGAACACGGGACUGAUCGUGCCGCUCCUGAUAAGCAAGUGCAUCAAUGAAAUCGAGAAGAGAGGCUGUCAGGUGGUGGGUCUGUAUCGUCUGUGCGGUUCUGCCGCUGUAAAGAAGGAACUCCGGGAGGCGUUUGAGAGAGACAGCCACGCUGUGGAGCUGUGCGAGAACACCUAUCCCGACAUCAAUGUCAUCACAGGGGUGUUGAAGGACUACCUGCGCGAGCUUCCCUACCCUCUGAUCACCAAGCAGCUGUACGAAGCCGUGCUGGAGUCCAUGGCAGCCAGGCCGCUGCGCAUGGGUGCAGGGGGGUGCGAGAACGACCAGGCUGACUCGGAGCACACCCUCAGCCUGUUGGAGAACCUGCCUGAAGUGGAGAGGAUGACGCUGCGGAAGCUUCUGGACCACCUGAAGCUGGUGGCGUCCUACCAGGAGGUGAACAAGAUGACGUGUCAGAACCUGGCUGUGUGUUUUGGCCCCGUGCUGCUCAGCCAGCGUCAGGAAGCGUCCUGCCACACCAACCGAGUCUUCAUCGACUCGGAGGAGCUGGCCAGCGCGCUGCACUUCAAAAAACACAUCGAAGUCCUGCACUACCUGCUGCAACUCUGGCCAAUUGCGGACCCUCACGGCCAGUCCUCUUCUCAGACCCCUGCGACCUCUCUGGCUCUCACCUCGUCCGACCUGCUGUCGGCUCCUCCCCUGCGAAGGAGGAAGGAACGUCCCCAGGUGCUGAACUUCACCGAGGCCGAGAUGGCGGGCGUUUUACGUCCGAAACCGGGUCGUCUGGACAGCCCCAGCAACCGCUACGCCGGUGACUGGAGCCGCUGUGGUGACAGCUACUUCCCCUCCGAAAUGCUUCUGCCCCCGAGCAAAGAGGAGGCGGACUACGACGAUGUUGCCUCGGAGGACACGGAGGCUGCCGAGGAGGUCCGGGAGAGGCAGGAGGACGCAGAAGACGAGAAGGUUACCAGUACUGCGUCCGACUCCUCUGAGCAGGAGCAGCCGCAGAAAGAGGAGGCGGCAAAGGAGCAAGCGACAGAGGAGGAGAUGGAGGAGGAGUGGCACGGCGAGAGUGACAGUUCAAACAACGGGCCGUCUUUAGUGGAGGACGACGAGGAGCGGGAGGUGAAGGAGGAGGAAGAGGGGGUGUGUAACCACAUCCUGCCUCCCCGGCUCCCCAAGGAGCACACGUACCAGGCCUACAUGAAGAUCCAGGACAUCAGCCCCGUGCUGAGCAACAGGGUGAACCUGAGGGACCUGCAGGAGAGCAUCGACACUCUGAUCGGAAACCUGGAGAGGGAGCUCAACAAGAACAAGCUCAACGUGGGAUACUGACUCCCGCCGCGGUCUCACAGGCGCGCUCCGCCCACCCGACUUUCUUCACCUUCCCAGGUGACUCAGGGUGCCGCCACAGGGUCGCGUCGUGUCUUCGGUGAAAGAAUGAGAUGAGGAGAAAUGUAACAGGGCACAUCCGGCAUUUGUACCUUACCCAUAGACAUUCCAUAGUGUUAAAAUUGUCUUAAUCCAUGUCAUGGUUUUUGUUUUAGUCCAGUUCUUGUUAUCCAUGUUGUUAUUGUUGCUUCUCUUCUUAUUAGAAGAACCCAUCGACCCCUCAGGGGUUUAAAAGGUGCCUUAAUUGUGGGAAGGUGGUACGUCAAUGGGAAAAUCCACCCUGAAAUGAAAUGCAUCACCUCAUGGCAGCAGCUUUUAUGCAGCUUGGUGCACUGGUGCACACUACCACUGAAGCAUGUUUGACAUUAUGAAGAGAUGUUUUUAGUCCGGAUACUUGGAGCUCUACUGUUUCAAAACCUUUCAAACAAAACCCAAAAGCUUUCCAAGUGUUUCUGGCACUCAUCUGAAACAGUAUUUAGGCAUUGGACUCUUCACCCUGAUUUGCAUUCUUGGAAACAGUUGAGCUUUUUCAUUGAGAAUCCGUCUCUGAACGAAAAAAAAAAAAUACAUUAAGACGUGGAAGUAAUCGAAAAUGAGCUAUUAGACAGAGCCACUGUCUUUGCUCUGUGGUUCGAGAAACGCACUCGGGCUGGAGUUCAGCCGGGGUCAUCAGAGGUAAAAACCACCUGUGGGCCAGCAGAGGUUGGCCAGGGUUUUGUUGUUUGGAUUUUGGCUGGAUUAGACCAUUUUUGGAUCUGCUCUGGACCCAGUAGGAUAACCUGAAUUUGAGCGCUUGGGUUAGUUUCAACACCCAGACUUGGGUCAAUAUACUUGUGCUGAUUCUGGGGUUUUGUUCGUGCUGCAGCAGGGUCAGGUUAGAGCGCUCACAUUUCCAAUUUCCUGGCGGGCUGAAUUCAGGCUGUUUUAACG